CUUUCCCCUUCCUAUACAUUCUUUCUCUUCACCUCCUCAACCCUUUCAUAACCUUUGAAAACAAUCUAGCAAGGCUCUCCGUAUCCCUUUCACUCCGAUCAUCGCACCUGUGUCUCCAUUGCUUUGACUCAUCAAUCGUUAAUGUCCUUUGCCCGUCGAUUCGUCUCUACAGCAAGCACCAUGUCUAACGUCUACUUCGAUAUUACCAUAAAUAAACAGCCUGCUGGCCGAAUCACAUUCAAGCUCUUCGACGAUGUCGUGCCCGAGACCGCCGAAAACUUCCGUGCUCUCUGCACCGGUGAGAAAGGCUUCGGCUACGCUGGAUCUUGGUUUCACCGUGUGAUCCCCCAGUUCAUGCUUCAAGGUGGUGAUUUUACGAAGGGCAACGGGACUGGCGGCAAGUCCAUCUAUGGCGAGAAGUUCGCGGACGAGAACUUCAAGCUCAGGCAUGACCGACCUUUCCUUCUGUCGAUGGCCAACGCCGGCCCCAACACCAACGGAUCCCAGUUCUUCAUCACCACUGUGAAGACCCCCUGGCUCGAUGGCAAGCACGUUGUCUUCGGUGAAGUCAUCAAGGGUGAGGACCUCGUGAAGAAGGUCGAAGCUCUCGGCUCGUCCUCCGGUAAAGUCAACGUCAAGGUUGAGAUCGCCGCCAGCGGUACCGUCUAAGCCACGUGAAGGCGUCGCGCGAGAAGAAGAGUUGAGAAAGGCAAACGACGUCAUGAAAGAAAUAACAAGUAGCGAGCUAUGAUGAUGCAUGUGAUGGGAUGACUCGCAG